UAAAGAUGUAGGUCGGAGUAAAAUCUGCAGAGUCGCAGGAGAAGAGCAGCUCACAUCACCUCCAUCGUCAUCGCAGAUCAAACAAAAGUAAGGGAAGAAGGAAUAGUUCAGUCAAACAACAAUAAUGAAGAGCAUCAUCAUGUUGGUCCUAAUUGCGUCAGCCACCCGGCUCACGGAGGCACUUCUGACAGGCAGGUGCCCUGCACCACUGACGCCAAUAGUGAGCCCCAGUCCGUCAAGUUCAGCUGCAGCCAGCGCAGCCACAGCGACUGCAGCAGCUGCAGCGGCUGCAGCGGCAGCUGCCGCUCUGGCAGAAGCUGCAGCAACAGCCACUACAGGACCCAACGCCCAAAAUGCAGCAGAUGCAGCAGAUGUAGCAGCUGCAGCAGCACAACUGGCUGCCCUGGCUUCAGCUGCAGUAAUCAACGGAUCGCUUUCACCAACUCAGGCAGCAGCAAUAGCAAACAACGCAGCCACUGCAGCCAAACUAGCAUCACUGGCAGCAAACCUGGCAGCACAGAGUGAACCAGCAUCAACAGCAGCAGCAGCAAGUAAUAUAUCACAGGCUGCAUCACAAAUCUCCACCGCAGCCGAUGAAGCCGCAGCCGCAGCCACAGAAGCAGCAGCUGGAAAUGCAACCUCGCUGACUGCAGCUGCUGCAAACACAAAGGCAUCAGCAGCAGCUUUGUCAGGCGCUCUAGCACAAAUACAGAGUGCCUUAUCAGCGGUCCCAACAAACCAAACAGACACAGGAGCAGCAGUGAUGCGCUUGGCGCUUCUAGCAGCACAAACAGCAGCACAAACAGGAACAGCAGUGUUAGUCGAUGCAGUCACUGCAACACAGGCUGCAGCUGCUGUUGCAAAUUCUUCAACUCCAGACAUCGCAGCUGCAAACGCUGCAGACGCAGCUCGAGCAGCUCAGCAGGCAUCGAAUGGAGCAAUAGGAGCUGUAGCUGCUACCAAGGCCUCCAUAGCACUCCUCAGAAGUGAAGCACAACAACUUAACACUACAACGGCACCAACAACAACCACUAAUGGGACCUUAAUUAGCAACGAACAGGCAGUCAGAGCCAGCUCAGCCGCAGCGACUGCAGCAGCUGCAGCGGCUGCAGCGGCAGCUGCCGCUCUGGCAGAAGCUGCAGCAAAAGCCACUACAGGACCCAACGCCCAAAAUGCAGCAGAUGCAGCAGAUGUAGCAGCUGCAGCAGCACAACAAGCUGCCCUGGCUUCAGCUGCAGUAAUCAACGGAUCGCUUUCACCAACUCAGGCAGCAGCAAUAGCAAACAAGGCAGCCACUGCAGCCAAACAAGCAUCACUGGCAGCAGACCUAGCGGCACAGAGUGCACCAGCAUCAACAGCAGCAGCAGCAAGUAAUAUAUCACAGGCUGCAUCACAAAUCUCCACCGCAGCCGAUGAAGCCGCAGCCGCAGCCACAGAAGCAGCAGCUGGAAAUGCAACCUCGCUGACUGCAGCUGCUGCAAACACAAAGGCAUCAGCAGCAGCUUUGUCAGGCGCUCUAGCACAAAUACAGAGUGCCUUAUCAGCGGUCCCAACAGACACAGGAGCAGCAGUGAUGCGCUUGGCGCUUCUAGCAGCACAAACAGCAGCACAAAAUGGAACAGCAGUGUUAGUCGAUGCAGUGACUGCAACACAGGCUGCAGCUGCUGUUGCAAAUUCUUCAACUCCAGACAUCGCAGCUGCAAACGUUGCAGACGCAGCUCGAGCAGCUCAGCAGGCAUCGAAUGGAGCAAUAGGAGCUGUAGCUGCUACCAAGGCCUCCAUAGCACUCCUCAGAAGUGAAGCACAACAACUUAACACUACAACGGCACCAACAACAACUACUAAUGGGACCUUAAUUAGCAACGAACAGGCAGUCAGAGCCAGCUCAGCCGCAGCGACUGCAGCAGCUGCAGCGGCUGCAGCGGCAGCUGCCGCUCUGGCAGAAGCUGCAGCAACAGCCACUACAGGACCCAACGCCCAAAAUGCAGCAGAUGCAGCAGAUGUAGCAGCUGCAGCAGCACAACAAGCUGCCCUGGCUUCAGCUGCAGUAAUCAACGGAUCGCUUUCACCAACUCAGGCAGCAGCAAUAGCAAACAACGCAGCCACUGCAGCCAAACAAGCAUCACUGGCAGCAAACCUAGCGGCACAGAGUGCACCAGCAUCAACAGCAGCAGCAGCAAGUAAUAUAUCACAGGCUGCAUCACAAAUCUCCACCGCAGCCGAUGAAGCCGCAGCCGCAGCCAUAGAAGCAGCAGCUGGAAAUGCAACCUCGCUGACUGCAGCUGCUGCAAACACAAAGGCAUCAGCAGCAGCUUUUUCAGGCGCUCUAGCACAAAUACAGAGUGCCUUAUCAGCGGUCCCAACAAACCAAACAAACACAGAAGCAGAAGUGAUGCGCUUAGCGCUUCUAGCAGCACAAACAGCAGCACAAAAUGGAACAGCAGUGUUAGUCGAUGCAGUCACAGCAACACAGGCUACAGCUGCUGUUGCAAAUUCUUCAACUCCAGACAUCGCAGCUGCAAACGCUGCAGACGCAGCUCGAGCAGCUCAGCAGGCAUCGAAUGGAGCAAUAGGAGCUGUAGCUGCUACCAAGGCCUCCAUAGCACUCCUCAGAAGUGAAGCACAACAACUUAACACUACAACGGCACCAACAACAACUACUAAUGGGACCUUAAUUAGCAACGAACAGGCAGUCAGAGCCAGCUCAGCCGCAGCGACUGCAGCCGCUGCAGCGGCUGCAGCGGCUGCAGCGGCAGCUGCCGCUCUGGCAGAAGCUGCAGCAACAGCCACUACAGGACCCAACGCCCAAAUAGCAGCAGAUGCAGCAGAUGUAGCAGCUGCAGCAGCACAACAAGCUGCCCUGGCUUCAGCUGCAGUAAUCAACGGAUCGCUUUCACCAACUCAGGCAGCAGCAAUAGCAAACAACGCAGCCACUGCAGCCAAACUAGCAUCACUGGCAGCAAACCUAGCGGCACAGAGUGCACCAGCAUCAACAGCAGCAGCAGCAAGUAAUAUAUCACAGGCUGCAUCACAAAUCUCCACCGCAGCCGAUGAAGCCGCAGCCGCAGCCACAGAAGCCGCAGCCGGAGACGCAACCUCACUGACUGCAGCUGCUGCAAACACAAAGGCAUCAGCAGCAGCUUUGUCAGGCGCUCUAGCACAAAUACAGAGUGCCUUAUCAGCGGUCCCAACAAACGAAACAGACACAGGAGCAGCAGUGAUGCGCUUAGCGCUUCUAGCAGCACAAACAGCAGCACAAAAUGGAACAGCAGUGUUAGUCGAUGCAGUCACUGCAACACAGGCUGCAGCUGCUGUUGCAAAUUCUUCAACUCCAGACAUCGCAGCUGCAAACGCUGCACAGGCUGCUGGAGCAGCUCGGAAGGUAUCAAAUGCAGCAAUAGGAGCUAUAACUGCUGUUAAAGCCGUCAUACCAUUGAUCAGAAGUUUUGGAUCACCACCUAACACUACAACAACACCAACACCAACCACUAAUGUGACCUUAAUUAGAAACGAAAAGGCAGCCACAGCCACUGCCAUCACAGCAGCUGCAGCUGCCUUGGCUGCCUCAGCAGCAGCAGCGGCUGGAGCAGCAACACCUCAAGUAGACACUGCAAUAAUUGCUGCACAAGUAGCAGCUUUGACUGCCUCAUUAGUAGAAGCAGGAGACGCAUCAGUAACAACAGCAGUGAACACAGCCAGUUUUGCUGCAGGUGCCGCAGAAGCAGCUGCACUAGCAGCAAUAGAAGCAUCCUCCAAGGCCCCGUCCUCAGCAGCAACAGCAGUGACACAAUUAGCAAAGGCUUCAUCACAAGCUGCAGCGGCAGCGGCACAGGCAGCUUUAGCAGCAGCACAGGCAGCUGCAGGAGCAGCAGCAGAAGCUACUAACACAACCGCACAAGCUGCAGAAGCACUUGCAACUGCAGCAAAUCGAGCUUCACUAAUACUACCUGUCUUUAAACAAGAUUCAGUCGCAACAUUAGCACAAACAGUGGCAGAAAUAGCAGGAGUCGCCGCACUUACAGUGGCAGCACAGUCAGACGCUGUGUGUAGCCCAGAUAUAACCACAAGUUUGACAAGAGCUGUCACAAAGGCUGCAGCAGCAGCAGCAAAUGAAGCUGCACAGAUUAUUUCAGGGCCAAAUGUUUUAACUACAGUGGAACCAACCUUCAGCAGUACUACAAUGGUACCCACAGGCGCAAACAGCAACCUAACAACAUCAGCAACCAAGUCAGUGACAGCAGCAGCCAGGCAGGCAGCGGUGGCAGGGUCUGCAGCCGCCGCCGCGGCAGCCGCCGCCGCUGCAGCCGCAGCCGCAGCUGCAUCCGGACCAGCAGGAUUCGCAGCCGCACAAGCCGCAGCAAACGCUUCACAAGACGCAGCAAGAGCCGCCGCUCUGGUUGCAACCGGUGGAAUAACAGUGGACCAGGCAGUCACAGCAGCACAACGAGCAUCCGAUGCAGCAGUGGCGGCAGCCACUGCAGCAAAUACAGCAGCGCUACAACAAGGAUCACCAGCAGCUGCACAAAUCGCAGCAGCAGCUAAACAAUCAGCUGAUGCUGCACAAGUAGCAGCAGCUGAUGCAAAAAAUGCAGCUUCAACAACAGCAACACCAGAGACAUUGACCGCCACAGCAGACGCAGCCGCUUCAGAGGCCACAUUAGUAGGACAAGCAGUAGCUCAGCUACAGCAGGUACUCUCAAAAAGCACAGGGUUGACCCAAGACCAACAAAACUCCAUAAUAUUGAUACAAGGGCUGGCAAUGAUGGCAAGAGUAACGGCCCUGACAGUAACAACAGUAGCUCAGACGGCCAAGCAAGCAACAUUAGCAACAGGGGAAAAUGCAGCAACCCUCACACAAGCCGUGGCCGAAGCAGCAGCCUUGGCAACAGAGGGAGCUUUAGCCACCGCCGCAGUCGCUACAGCUGCCGUGUCAAGUUCCAUAACAGCAGCAUCAGGAUCUACAGCUGCGCCAGGAACUACAGCCGCACCAGGAACUACAGCAGCAUCAGGAACUACAGCGACAUCUGUAGGAACAAACACAAGUUCUGGAACAAACAACAGCGCGACAGACGCAGGUGUGUUCAGCAGACUGAGCCUCAUCCCUGUCAUCAUGGCCAUAGUCCUGCUGUAGAACGCCAGUGUCCCACCCAUAGAUUACCUGUAAAAAUUUAUUUAGAAUAUUUAUUCUUGUAUUUAAUUUUCUUGAUUGUCCAGUUUAUUGUAAGUUGUUGUAACAUGUCUUUAACCGUUCUUUCCUAAAACCAACCAUGCCAAUCCAAAUCAUGAUGGGUUUAUAUUUACUCAGAUAAAAUAAGAUAAGAUAUGACUUUAUUGAUCCCACAAUGGGGAAAUUCCUGUGUUUUUAGGAGGAAUUACACACACAUACUGUAGGUUCAGGUCCAGCUACUAUAUCCUGCAAAAGGUCACUUUGAAUAGAACCAGUGAUUAUCUCAAAUUAGAUUUAUGUUUUUUUUUUUUUUUUAUUAUUAUUGGGGAAUAAAAUUUGUUUUGUAAGUACACUUGUACUUAAAAACAUGUAUGAACAAAUAUCUUCAUGUUGUCAAUAAACUCACAAUGGCUGCUUUUUAUCCUUGUGUGUUUUAUAAUCAUUUCCAUCUGUCAAACACUGAAGUUGGUCUGAAGUAUCACAGAGAUGAGAAAUAAAAGGAGAAACCAGUGAAAUGAGGCUUAAAGACCUUCUUUGAGACUUAGCUUUGUUGCUAAGUCUUUAAUUUCACUUUCACCUUCACCAGUGUUGGCACUCCUCAUAGCUGAAACGUGACUCUUCAUUUAAACGUGACAUAUCUGUGUUUGUUUAUUCAGUCUUGACCUCAGUGGAAAACAAAAAUGAGGAAGAAAAUCCUCCAGAGUUUUUACAGUAAUUAGUUUAAUUGGCAGCUGAAGGUCAAACGGAUGUAAAAUGUCACUCUGCAAGUUUCUAGCUGUUAUCUACAGACUUAGUGUCAAAGACCUUUAUUAUUUCCUCUGACCUAAAACUGAGGCGGUCACAUAUAUAUACGGUGAAGCCUGGCGAGAGGCAGAACAGAGAGGAUGCACCAGUGGCACAUCACUGCAACCUUUGUUUUGUUUGAUUUUACAUUAAACACCAGCAACCGGUCACCAUGAUCGUCAAGGCUUGUAUCGUUAUCUUGCUACUAACUGUAUUUCACAGCCAGUUUGCUGAGGCAACUCUGAGAAGCCGGUGCCCGGUAACUCCAACAGACAGCUCGGUGGCGAAGGCACCAGUCUCUGGAUUAAACUGCGCAGUGUUAUCUCUCUACAAAUUCGUCCUGUUUCCUGUCACAUUCACCAUGGCAACAGUUCCGUAACAGUAUGAAAAUCGUAUAAAGAAUAUUUAUGUGAAUUUAUAUAUUUUUAACACAUAUGUUCCUCCUUAAAACUGUUCUUUAAGGCACAUCAGAGAUAUUAAAUCAAUACUGGCAUUUUAAUUAAA